AUGUCCAAAGCUAACAUCCGGGCAGUCCCUUGGACUUCCCACCUCAUCUACCUCCUUCUUAUCCUCCCCACUGGCCUCAGCAUCACCCUCCUGCUCAGUGACUCCCAGCACUGGACCCUUACAGGCGACCUCUACACCUUUAUUAACCACUACCGCACGACCGUGCAAACAGCACUUCAGAUCAUAGCUACUCUCCUCGGCGCUAUCCAAAUAUUCAGCAUCUGCCGCCUUAUAAACCAUGCCACUCGCAUCCUCUUCAAACACUCCACCCACCACACGACCCUCAACGACCUCGCCCUCUGGUCCGCCCUCUCCACCCCAACCACCAACUUCUCCCUCCCUCUGCCUCAAAUAAUCCUCACCCUCCUCCUCGCCAACCUCUCCGCCGUCCUCUCCGCCCUCUGGACUGGUGCCCUCACCCCAACCUCCACCACCACCACCGCCAACACGACCAUCCUCAUCCCCUCCUACGCCAACCGCUCCUUCAUCAAAGAAUACCCCUCCCAGAUCGACACCACCGGUCCCUCCCUCCGCACCUCCCUCGGCUAUUUCACCUACUCCGUCGGUGUAGGUCUCCUCACCUCCCUCGUCUCCUCCGCCUCCACCGCCUCCCCACUCACCGGCUCCCUGAAAUCCCGCUCCCACGCCAAACUCGACUCUACCGGCUACACCUACUCCGGCCGCUCCUACGGCGUCGGCAGCCCUGUCGGCCUCACCGAUGAAAAUGUCACUGCAUCCUUCCCCUACGCAGCCAACUACACCUACCACGAACGCGGCUACCUCGCCCACGUCUCCUGCAUAUACAACUCCUCGACCCUCUUCCUCCUAGGAGAUACUUACGAUACAGCCCUAUACGUCGCCGAAGGCCCUCUACCCGACAGCAACGCCUCCACAGGCGAAUACUCCACCUACACAGGAUGGUCAACCGACACGAUCGUAGCCCUCGGCGUAGCCAGCCAACCCGCGGCAUACACAAAGGAGAGGUACGUCGCCGCCGCAGCAGGGAGUUACUACGCGUCGUUAAACGCAAGUCAAUGCCUGAUCAGCUUCGUACCGAGAUGGUUCCUCGUGAACGUGGCUACCCAGGAGAAACUCGUGGACGUGGUGCCACUCAACACUACCUCCUCUACCUUAUACUCCUCUGAAGAAGAAACAGACAUCGACAUCGACCCCACCAACAAAACCAUCCACGUCGCCAUGCGCCAAUUAGAACUCAUCUCUAACGACCUCACCUCCUUCUACCGCUCCACGCUCGGCGACGCAUUCAACACGUCCAUUGCAGAUCACGCCACGAACACCAACACCACUGCCACCAUUUCCUCGAACUUCACCACUAGCGCAAACUCCACCGAUAAUGUAACAACAACCCUAACCGCCAUCCAAAACACCUAUAUCUCCCUGAUUGACGAUAUUCUCGCUGCGUAUGCGUCUGCACAGCUCAUGGUGGGGAAUUUCUCUCAUCCUGCCACCGCGACGGUUACUGUUGAUGCGUUCCGGCUUGGGUCCAGGGUGUAUAUUGUGGCGGUGUUUGUGGUUAACGUGCUUGUGCUGCUUGGGGUCGGUAUUGAGAUGGGACGCACGGGUGUGUGGGGGGCAUUGCCGCAGUUCGAUUAUUUGGAUGCGAGGAUGUUGGUGCUCGGGGGUGCGAAUGGGGGGAGGGGGGUUGCGGAACGGGCGGCGGAGGUGGGGUGGAAGGGAGAGGAAACGGGGAGGUUUGGGGUUAGGCUUGUUAAGGUUGGUGGGGUGAGGGGGGUGGGGUGGGGGUUGGUUUAUGGGGGGAGUAGGAGUGGGAGUAGCAGGAGUAUAAAUGGUGGUGGUGGUGGUGAGAAGGGGAGGAGAGGAUCGCAGGAGACGUUGGUAGAUGAGUGGAUAUGA